AUGCAGCUGAAGCCCGACCUCGUGAAGUUCAACGCAAACCAGCUUUUGUGGGAAGCGGCAGACCGGAAGCUGCUUCCGAACUUGAUCACAAGUAACACGGUGGUGAGUGCUUGUGCUCAAGAUGGGAAGUGGCAACAGGCCUCGCUGCUGCUGGAAAGCAACUGGAAGCGGCGCCUGCGCAGCGACGUCAUCUCCUGCUCAGCAUCACUCCGCGCCUGCGAGGAGGCCGCAGCCUGGGAAGCAGCAUUGAUGCUGCUGCUGGCAUUCACCCAGCAGAAGCUGCAGCUGGAUGUGGCUGUCUACAAUGCCGCCAUCAGUGCCUGCGAGAAAGCUGCAGAGUGGCGGCAGGCUUUGGAGCUGAUGUCCGCAUUGCACGCAGAUCGUUUGCAGCCUGACGUCAUCACCUACAGCGCUGCUAUAAGUGCCUGUGAGAAACCUAUGGAAUGGGAGAGAGCUCUGGUACUAUUCAUGGAGAUGCAGGCACGCCAAGUGAGGCCAAACGUUGUCACGCACAGUGCCGUCAUCAGCGCGUGCGCGAAGGCCGGAGAAUGGCUCCUUGCACAUUGCAUAUUCGGCCAGCUUAUGGCAAGUCAUCUCGAAGUCAGCCUUAUCGCCUGCAAUGCACUGGCUGCCGCCUCAGAAAAGUCUGGAACAUGGACAAUGGCUCAGCAGCUUCUAAUGGACAUCGCAGCAAUGUAUUUGGAACCUGACCGCAUCACCUGUGGUGCAGCCACCGGUGCCUGCAAUUCGGCGUCCCAGUGGCAACGGGCCUUUCGGAUCAUGAGCAGUGCCGAGCUGGCGGUGGACGCCAUCUCCCUGGAUGCUGUCCUAAGCCUCUACACUUGUUCGCUUCUGGGCUCAAGACGGUUCCUGGGAGUGGGGGACGGGGAGAUCCGGCCUCCGAGUGCGUGGCAGGAGGUGCUUUUUGAAUACCGGGAGGUGCAGCGCAGCAUCGUCAGAUACAACCUUGCAAUCAAAGCCUGUGGCAAAGUGCUGCGAUGGGCAUCCUCACUGGAGCUGCUAACAGCAUUGGCAAGGCAGCGUCUACAAGCGGACGCUAUUCUAUGUAGCACCACUAUCUAUGCAUGUGGGCAGGCUGCGCAGUGGCAAAAGGCAAUUUCAGUGCUGACCAACAUGGACGUCGACUCUGUGCUGGUGGACGUGAUUGCCAUCGGAUCUGCUGCAGGAGCCUGCGAGAAGGCUGCAUGCUGGCAGUCCGCGAUCUCUUUGCUGGCCGAUCUCGAGGGAAGGAGACUGCGGGGAAGUCUCAUCCUCUUGAACUCUGUCAUCAGCGCCUGUCAGAAGGGAAGUGGCUGGGCCAUGGUGGAUGCUUUGAUCCACCAGGUCUCGGCCAUGCACCUACAGCCUGACCUGAUCACAUACAACUCCGCGCUCAGGGCCUUAGCCGAAAGGCAAUGGUCCAGCAGCACCGCCUUGUUCCAAGACUUGCUGGAAAAGAUGCUGCAGCCAGAUGUCGUCACCCACAGUUCGCUGGUGACAGGUCUCCAGCUAGCGGGAGAGUGGCAGCGAGCCCUCGUGGCAUUCAGCCAUGCACUGUCGCAGAACGUCGAACCCAACAUUGUCUUUUAUAGUGCAGGCAUUAGCGCCUUCGAAAAUUCUGCUGAAUGGCAGGGUGCUUUAUCUUUGUUUGCUGAUCUCAUCGCCGGCAAACUCCAGGUGGACUCAACCGCAUAUACCUCCUUAGUGACGGUUUGUAGGCGAGCUUGCAUGUGGCAGACGGCUCUGGCUCUGCUUUCAGAGGCCCUGGAACUGAAGGUCUUUCCAGCUUUGAUAUUGCACAACUCUGCGAUCAGUGCAUGUGAAGCCGCGUCGGAGGCAAAGCAGGCUUUGAAACUUUUAGCUAGUUUUGGAGACUGUUUCCUGCAGCCUGGCGAAGCAACGUACAGCACGACAAUCAGCUCUUGUGCGAAGUCUUCAGAAUGGCUCCAAGCACUGUUGCUCCUUGGGCAGAUGAGCCAUGUGGACCUCUCUGCCAACGUGGUGGCAUAUGGCGCAGGCAUCAGCGCCUGCGAGCGAGCAGCCAAGUGGCAACAUGCACUUGAUAUGAUUGUAUGCAUACGUUUCAGCGACCUGCACAACAACGAAAUCACCCACGGCUCUGCAACGAGUGCAUGUGACCGGGCCGGCGAGUGGCAGCCGGCGUUGCUGCUCUUUGCAGUCACUUCUACCAGGGCCGUGAAAGCUGACAUCGUCCUGCACAAUGCAGUGCUGGGCUCCCUCCGUGCAGGCGCGAAGUGGAAGUUGUCCUUCGAGGUGCUGCGCAAGUUGCGGCCCGCAAGCCUGCACCCAACGCUGAUCACGCAGACUGCCACGAUCUCCACCUGCGAAGCUGCGGGAAGGUGGGAGCCGGCACAUCUGCUUUUUCAAGAAUUCGCGGCCUUGCGACUGGCGCCCGAUAUUGCCACCACCAAUGCCCUGGCAAGCUCUCUCGAAAGAGGCCGGCAGUGGUCCCGCAUAGUGGGCCUCCUCAGGCCGGGCACUGAAGCAGAUUCCAUCACACUGAGCGCUGCUGCUGGAGCGUGUGAGGCAGCAUUGGAACCGUCGCAGCUGCGCUGGCAGCUACUCCGUAUGGAGGUGGCAACAGGAUUGGCAACGUGCUUUGCUUCUGGUGACCGACAUCACGCGCGAGUCGCUGCAGCCAACGAUCGUUACGUUCGGAGCAGCCAUUAG